UGGGUGCGAGAGGGGAAGAUCCUCAACCCGGAGAAACUCUUUUUCGACGAGAAGGGCUCUGCUGACAUCCAGCUGGACUGUAAGGACAGCAUCAUCGCCCCGGGCUUCAUCGAUGUCCAGAUCAACGGAGGCUUUGGAGUAGACUUCUCCUUGGCUACAGAUGACUUCAAAUCAGGGAUUGACCUGGUCAGUCAGAAAAUCCUCUCCCACGGAGUGACCUCCUUCUGUCCCACCCUGGUGACCUCUCCUCCAUCUGUGUACCACCAGGUCCUCCCUCAAAUCAGUAUAAGAAAUGGUGGAGCCCACGGAGCAGGUAUCCUGGGGGCCCAUCUGGAAGGACCCUUCAUCAGCAAGGAGAAGAAGGGGGCACACCCGGAGCACUGCCUCCGCACCUUUGAGGCAGGUGCCUUCCAGGACCUGCUUGCCACCUACGGGUCCCUGGACUGCGUCCGGAUAGUCACCCUGGCCCCAGAGAUGUCGAGGAGCAGUGAGGUGAUCCGGGAACUCACCGAGCGCGGCAUCUGUGUCUCACUGGGUCACUCAGUGGCUAAUCUCUCCCAGGCCGAGGAGGCAGUGCAGCACGGUGCUACCUUCAUCACUCACCUCUUCAAUGCCAUGUUGCCGUUCCACCAUCGCGACCCCGGGAUCGUGGGGCUGCUGACAAGUGACAAGAUUCCUAAACGGAGGGUCUUCUACGGCAUGAUCUCUGACGGCAUCCACACCAACCCUGCCGCCCUGCGCAUCGCCCACCGAGCCCACCCCAAAGGCCUGGUGCUGGUGACGGAUGCAAUUGCUGGCAUGGGGCUGGCACCCGGCCGGCACACGCUGGGUCAGCAGGUGGUGGAGAUCGAUGGGCUGAACACCUACAUUGCAGGCACAAAGACCCUCAGCGGCAGUGUGGCGACCAUGGACACGUGUGUGCGACACUUCCGAGAAGCCACAGGCUGCUCAGCAGAGACCGCGUUGGAGGCAGCAUCUCUGCAUCCCGCCCAGCUCCUGGGGAUUGAACACAAAAAGGGGACACUAAAUUACGACUCUGAUGCAGAUUUCCUGAUGCUGGAUGACGGUCUGUACGUGCAAGCCACGUACAUUGCAGGCGAGGAAGUCUGGAGACAGGAUGCGUUAGGCAUGUGACGCUGGCCUGUCCUGGUGCCCUCCGAGGCUCCCUGGCGCUGUGGUUAGCAGCUUUGGUACCCACCCCACUUCU